CGGAAAAUGCAAAAGAAAAUGUUAGGCAAAAUGAAAACAAACUCAGUAUAAAGCCUGACAAUCAAUAAUACAAAGAAAUACUUUGUAUGCUACAUGCCACCAUGUUUAGAUAACGAUCGGUCGUAUGCGCAAUGCCUCGCACGUUAGAUUAUUUAACGAAUAUUAACGCAACCGGAAAUGUGUUUUUUGUUCUUCGGUCCCGAGAAUAUGCGCUCCAUGGUCAUCAACAUAAGAAUUUUGGCGCUUUGAGAACGCUAAUAUGUCGUGGAAACACGACAUAUAAGAAGGUAUGGGAGAAGAAGUCAGGAAAACAUAUAUCAAGUGAAAGAAAGUACCUAUAUUUUGAGAACUAUGCAGAAUGUUAUGGAGGCAGCACCAAGUCUCUAGUUCCCAGGCUACUUUACAAACUGCCUCCAGCACCUAAGAUUGAAGAUGCCUUACUUUGCUCUAAUUCAGGUUGCCUUCCACCACGGACUGAUGCUGGGAAGGACAGUGUGAUGACCAUCUCCAAGAACCAGUACCUCGUGCAGUACCAUCUUAGAACGGGACGCGAGAUUCAGCGUAUAUUUGUCAAUUCAUUGACCCUGUUUAAACUCAGGGAUAUUUCUUGGAAUAACAGUGGCAGAAGCAUUGUUUUAAAAGCCACCCCAACCAACCUGCAUCAUGAGCGUACAACCAGAGCAAGAGUUACCUCAUUGUUCAUCUUGUUUGAUGUCUUUCCAUUGGAGUUUGUUGGUCAGAUGGAAAUAGACAGAACGAUAUUUGGGUUUGACCAAACAGCAGCCAUGGUUACCACUGACAUGCUCAUUGUGAUGUAUCAGUCGGGCUACAUAAAAAUAUACAGCAUCCCAUACAUCAUCGACAAGUACAGAAUGUAUAGUGCCAAGUUGAACGAGAUUGUCCCAAAUACGCAGUCUGUUUGCGGCCAGUGUCCUGACGGUAUACCCAUCAACAUAAAACUGACAGAAUGUCCGCCCGUCCUGUUGUCUGUCCGUGCUGCUGACCAAGACUUGCAGAUCGGUGGUUUCCCCUGGCACUAUCUGAUGACCCCAUACGGGCACUUCAGUGAAUACAGCCUGUACUCGGUCGCCACGCACAAACUGGCCGACAAUGGAACGUUAGUGAGACCGGAAGGGAUCUAUCUUCCCGACCAUGCUAUCUUCCACGGAGAUGAAUCUGGGAGAAUCAUUUAUGCUGGAUCGGAAGAGGUCAGCGUGUUCAAAAUCUCCAGUGAAGAUGGGUCUGAAAGCCGCAUAGAGAUGCUCUUUACCAUCAACGUCAAUACCAGCAUUCCUGACAAAAAAUCUGUGAUAAUAACAUCCUCGGGACGAACCAGUGACCGACAAAGAACAUACGAUGAUGAAUUUUCCAACUUCACACAGUCGGAAAUUCACGGGGUGGAAUACGAAGAUGAACUGGACAUUCUUAGUGUAGCGUACGUCACAGAAACAUCUGAAGAUACUCACCUGUCAACUCUCGGCUUGUACGACAAUCUGACUGGACAGAAACUACGAGAUGUCACACUGGAAAUGCCAUACCCAGAAUACAACGAACACAAAGUCGUCCUUGACUUGGACACGAUCACUGAAACCAUCAAAAGUGUUUCCGGCAACUUCACGUGCAUUAUUUACAAACUCGUCUGCCUGGUGCAAGAUGAAGAAGAGACGGUGAAAAGACAAAGAAAAAGUGAAACACGGAAACGAAGUCACAGAACCAGAUUAACAUAUUAACAAAUUAAUCAUAGGACAUCCACUCAAGAGAGGGGCAGGAUGUUGCUCAGUGGAACAGCACUUGCUUGAUGCCCGAUCGACCUAGGAUCGAUUCCCAUUGGUGGGCUCAUUGGGCUAUUUCUCGUUCCAGCCAGUGCUCCACAACUGAUGUAACAAAAAAAAAGAAAUGUU